AUGGGUUCUACAUCCGUUGAUGGCACGAACAGCCGUGCUUUGGACAUUACAGUGUUAGGGCUAAACAGCGGAACUUCUAUGGAUGGCAUUGACUGUGCCCUCUGUCGAUUCCGCCAGGAGACUCCGGAAUCUCCAAUGCACUUCGAACUACUCAAGUAUGGCGAAAUCCCACUGGAGCCCGUGAUAAAGAAGAGAGUGAUGAACAUGAUCCUACACAACAAGACCUCCCCAUCCGAACUAUCAGAAGUAAACGUCAUCCUAGGCGAGACCUUCGCAUCAGCCGUGCAUCAAUUCUGCAAAGACUACAAAGUCGACAUCAAAUCAAUCGACGUCAUUGGCUCUCACGGGCAAACAAUCUGGCUCCUCUCAAUGCCCGAACCCGGCCAGACCCGCAGUGCCCUAACAAUGGCCGAAGGCACAUUCCUCGCUUCCCGCACAGGCAUCACAUCCGUCACCGACUUCCGCGUCAGCGACCAAGCCGCAGGACGACAAGGUGCGCCCCUCAUCGCCUUCUUCGAUGCUCUGGUCCUGCAUCACCCGACCAAGCUACGAGCAUGCCAGAACAUAGGCGGUAUCGCGAACGUCUGCUUCGUCCUGCCGGACACCCACGGCGGCGUCGAUGCCUGCUAUGAUUUCGACACGGGGCCGGGCAAUGUCUUCAUUGAUGCCGUCGUCCGCCACUAUACAGACGGAAAGCGCGAGUUCGACCAGGACGGACAGAUGGGAGCCCGUGGCACCGUGGACCAGGAACUCGUCGACGAUUUCCUAUCCCAUCCUUACUUCGCGUUGGAACCGCCUAAAACGACGGGCCGUGAGGUCUUCCGCGAUACGCUUGCUCAUGACUUUAUCAUCAAGGCUGAGGCUAAGGGUCUCAGCCCGGACGAUGUCGUUGCGUCCAUUACCCGUGUUACUGCACAGGCUAUUGUCGACCACUACCGGCGCUAUGCGCCCAAGGGUCUUGAGAUUGCGGAGAUCUUCAUGUGCGGCGGUGGCGCGCAUAACCCUAACAUCACUGCUUUUAUCCAGAAGAAUUACCCCAAUACGCGCAUCAUGUUGCUCGACGAGGCGGGUAUCCCUGGUGCCGCGAAGGAGGCUAUUACGUUCGCGUGGCAGGGUAUGGAGGCUGUAGUGGGGCGCUCCAUUCCUGUGCCUACUCGUGUCGAAACACGGCGGGAAUAUGUCCUCGGGAAGGUGUCGCCUGGUGAGAACUACCGCAAUGUCUUGCGACAGGGAAUGAUGUUUGGUGCUGGGCGGGAUCAUCUUGCACCGGUUAAGGAGUUGGUCAAUUACGUUAACGGGAAGGUUUUCGAUAACAAGUGGUAG